AUGCCACUAUGCCAACUGUACCUGCCCUUCCAUGCUCAAACCACGCUAAACCCCCCAUCCACGCCUGCCAAACACCACCUCGUCCUCCGCCUCCUCCACCAUCGCUGCCACACGUCGUCAUCUACCUCCACGCUGACAGCCACCACUUGUGCACGCACCGACUGCAUCGCCUUUCGCCCUUCUGCAUUGUCGCUCCUGUUUGUCGCCUCGCGUCGUGCUCACCGGUGGGCGAUUGACCUGCAGCGCGGCCCGGUUCCCCUGACGCCCGUGCGCCCCCGCGACGACUCGACCGUCUCGACAGACAUUGCGAGAAUCAUCACGACAUUCGCUGCCCAGCAUCACCACGAGCAAUUGACACGAUCCUCGACCCUCACGGCUCUGCGUCGCGAUACUGUGCCCCGCCGACUGCGCACAAAGAUGCUGCAGCCCGUCCGCCCGCCCGCCUCGUCGAUCUGA